AUGGGAAGAACGAAAACAGCACCCAUCGACGUAAGCAAAUUGAAAUCCAUCAAUGGAGUUUCUGACAAGAGUUCUUUCGGAAACUUCGGCGACCUCGAUGACGAGGGCGAUCUUGUAGUUAAAUCUACACAAGAGCCUCCAUUCGUCACUUUUAGCAAUAAUGGAACCAUCAGUUGCAUCCACCCUGGCCACAGAAAAGCCAACUCCAACGAUUGUAUCGACUUUAAGUCGACAUGGAUCUCUCAAGCUUUGACUCAAGAGGAAGAAGAUUGGGUUGCCAUCGAUCAUGCUGAUGGAGCUUCCGGAGAGCGAAAAUGCACCAGUCCAAGAGAGAAAGUUCGUGCAGAACAACACGAACGGAUGCGCAAGUACAUGGGACCAAGCAACGAAAUUGACCCACGCCCUACGAGCCUCACCAAUGAGGUAGCAAGUUAUCCAAAGCAGAUAGAGUUCCCACCAGUCGAUGAAACUAUCAACCGACUUGCAAUUCGAGUGAAAGGAAGGAAUUUCAAUAGUCGUAUGUCUCUAUUGAGGCAUUGGCAGGAGUAUAGCGACGAAGUGUCGAGAGACAGAGAUGAUAGAUCUUCAACCCAGGAAUUGGUCGACGAGGUUAUGGAUGAUGUCGAGGUCGAACAGCCAAACUCCUCGGAGGAAAACAACUACUAUCUUCCUCCUUCGAAAAGACCGUACUCGCCUACACCUCCAUCUCGAACCGCUUCAACUACUAUUGAGUCCAUUCGAGCUUGCACCAACUGCUAUGAACGCCACGUUGGGUGUGACAGAGGUUUGCCUGGCUGCUUUGCCUGUAUCGCAAUUGAUGCAAACUGUGUCUAUCCCAAUUCUGAAGCAGAAGAAUUCAUCUUCCAAGAGGAAACAACUUACAAGACAUGCAGUGCACCUGAAGACUUUAUGUCAUCUUUGAUCGAGCCAAACUGGGGACCAGGUCUUGAGAACUCGAGGAGAUGA